CUGGGGAGUCGUACUGAGGGCCGUCCGGUCUCUGUAUGACUGGAGCAGGAUCUUGGUUCACAUAUCAUCAGACCUGUUCCUGGUGCAUCUUGGACUCUGACACAAGUUUAAACAUCUUGGGGUCUUGAUCACGAGUAAGGGAAGAUCGGAGCGUGAGAUCGACAGGUGGAUAUGUGUGGCGUCCGCCGUUAUACCACCUCUGAAUCAGUUCAUUGUGGUGAAGAGAGCUCAGCCAGAAAGCAAAGCUCUCAAUUUACCGGUUGAUCUCUGUUCCAGGACUCACCUGUGGAUCAUGAGUUCUGGGUCAUGACCACAGAAUAAGACCCUAAGACACAGCUCUUUCUGUCGCCUCUGGAGGGAAAUGACACAAACAAACACACACGACGAUGAUAAACCUUGUUAUGUUUUCCUCUUCAUGACUGGGCUGGAUUAAACCAUGUGGUGGGCAGGAUCCGUAUGUUUAACACACAUGAUCUGUAAAAACUGUAAAAAGUGAAACAUUGGAUCAAUUAACAAAAGUUGUGCAAUUUGUUACAUUUAAAGUUAUUAGUUUUCAUCAAAUUAAAAUUUAGAGUUGAGGAAACCAUCACCCCCCCCACCCCCCAAAAAAAGAAAAUUAAAAACAGCUACAACUCGGACAUUCGUCAAUUAAAAUCAUCCAUUGAAUCUUUUGUCAACAAUUUUUUCCAAACGAUUCACCUUAAACAGGUGGAACAUUCCUCACAAGUUUAAAUCUGCUUUUGAUUCUUUAACAGAAAACUGAGCUUUUCUUUUCACAUCAACGUCUAUUUUUUUACUUUAUUGAAUAUAAACACAUUUACUGCACAUAUAAGACUCUAAAACAAAGCAAUGACUGUAAUAAUCCAGUAAUUACAGCAGGAGAGACGAGUGUUAAAGUCAUACGUUAACAAACGGGAAUAAAAUCAGUAGAACGACAAGAGAAAAUCCGAUCAAGAGAACACGCCGUCUAGAAAAAGAGAAAAAAACAACAAAAAAAAAGAGAGAACACGCCGUCCAUGGCAGGCACUCACAGUGACGUCAUUGACCGACAACAUUCUAGUGCUUUCCUGCACCAGUACCGGAAUACGUUUUUAGUCGCAGGGCGGGGCUUACCUUUGAAUAAAUAGGCCUUCUGUCAUUCCGGGCUCUAAAAAGCAAAAGUGAGCAUGUGCAUGAGGAUUAUUUUUCUGCUGGUUUGGAUUUUCUACGUGGUGAAAGCAAAAGAUGAUGUUAAACUGAUCUGCUCUCCACCGACGGUCCAAACAAAACCGGGUCAGGGUGUGGUUCUGUCAUGUGCAGUAAAACCUCCGUUUGACCUGACGGCUCAGACCGUGGAAUGGACACGUGGGACAGAUGUUGUCGUGCACAGAUACCGGAGUCAGGGGAACGACAAGACGGACCAACACCAGAAGUUCAGAGGCAGAACCGUCCUGAUCCACCAGAACCUGAAGGAUGGAAACGUUUCCCUCAGACUGAUCAACAUCACCAAAGAGGAUGAAGGAAACUACAGCUGCUGUCUGCCGAACUACGUCAGAUGUUCAAACAUCACCCUGAUAGUUGGACCUGAUCCUGGUGACAUCGCUGGUAUCAUCGCUGGUGUCACCAUUUUUGUUGUUGGAGCUGUUGCUGUUGUUUUAGGGAUCCUCAUUCGGAGGAACAUGAAGAGAACUGAACCUUCUCAGCCACCGUCAGAUGAAGGCGGAGUUAACCCUGGACAGGUCUCCAUUCCUUUAAUGCUGAAGCCGUCGUCCGAAACAAAGUCAUCGUGGAGAUGUUUCUGAAUAUUGACAGAGAAGAAGAAGCAGCUGGAAGAACACGAUAGCUGUGAUGGAAAGAUUGUUUCUCUGAAUUUUUUAUAUCAGAUUCUGCAUUGAUCUGUAUUAGAAUAACUUAUUGGAUUUAAAUCUUUGUGAACAAGUUGUUUAGUUUUUAUAAAUAAAUAUUGAUUUUUACU